UGUAUUCUGCCUCCAACCUCCUGGUCUUGUUCAACGACAGCAUCUUGCGUAAAGGCCUGCGAUGUGCCCUCCCCGUGUCUCUGUCUCAGCAGAGACUCUUGACCUGGCUCUCUGUGCUCGAGUAUGUGGAGGUUUUCUUGGAGAUGGGAGCCUGCAAGCUGUGGGGGGAGUUGGGCCGCUGGCUGGUGAUCGGACUCAUUCAGAUCUUUAAGGUAGUGAUUCGCCUUGUUCUUCUUCUGGUCUACAAAUCUGGCCUUCAGACUUCACCUCCCAUAAUCCCCCUGGACAGAAGUGCAGAUUGUGUUGAAGCUGUGUAA